CUCAUCAAUACACCGCAAUAUGCCUACGUCAAAGGUUCAAGAUAAAAACGGACAAACGCUCAAGGAGGGAGACUAUGUCUUCACAAGGAUCCGCGGCGGUUCGCACCAAGGGAAGAUAGAGAAAAUCGUCACCGAUGAGGCUGAGGCUGAGCAAGAAGACGUGAAGAAUCCUCCCAAGGUGAUUUAUAAUGACCAGCAUGGUCAUCGAGUCGCACAUAAUCCCGGUACAUUGGAGAAGACGCAGCCGGAUGAGUGAGCUGAAGGUUUCCUGUAGAUGGCUAGUUACUAGUAAUGAAUCUCGUGAGGGAUACUGUC